AGAAAUUGCUCUCAAUAAUGCGUCAUGGCACAGGGUGUUAUAUUCUCCGUCUAUAUAAAGAGCCGCCAUCCCAGGUGAUGCCAAGGACGGUUGUGAAGAUUCCGCCAGCUGCCACCCAUCAGACAUGUGCCAGUCGCUCCACAUCACACAGCUUCUGCUGGUUCUCCUUGCAAGCUACACAGUCAGCUCCGCUGUGCCCACAAGACACGACAUGGCAGCAAGCGGCAGCAUGGAUACAGAUGACAUUAAGAAGGGCAAUCUACUGAAUGUACUGUCCGCCAUAUUUGACUGGAGGUCACCAGAGGGCGACGCAGUGAUGAUAAACGUUGAGGACCCCGAGCUGCCCUACAGGCCACAGAGGUCAAUGUAUAACCCCCAUUUGGGCAGUGAGAAGACAGGGUGCAAAAACUUUUUCUGGAAGACAUUUUCUGCUUGUUGAGUUCGCCUUCCUCUCAUAAGACACCCUUGUGGGGUCCAUUCCCCAUCCCAUGCAUGUAAUCUCAAUAUUGUAGCAUUUGUACAGAUUGGUUUGAUCAAAAAAACCAAUCUAUAGAAUGAGGCUUAAACUUUGUAUCUAUAUUUAUUUGGCGUGUACCCCCAUAGUGUGAUGGAUGGAUGGGUUCACUUUACAUGCAGUAGCUGGGGGUUUAAAAGGGUAUUCUGGUAUCAGAAAAUUGUAUUUAAAUAAAACUAUCACUCCUGA